AUGAUGCUCGCAGGUUUCCUCUUUCUGCUCCCCCUCACAGGUGGAAGUACCUCCAAUUUCACAGAGCUACUGGAGCUUCUUGAUGAUCAUCAGAGCUCCAAUCAGAGCUUUGAGGAAAGUGGAAGUACCUCCAAUUUCACAGAGCUACUAGAGCUUCUUGAUGAUCAAAAGAACUCCAAUCAGAGCUCUGAGGAAAUAUAUAGGGAUUCCUCUAAGGGUAACUGCGGUUAUCAGGAUGUUUUAAACCACCUGAACCUGACCAAAAACAACGAUCUGUACACCAUGGCCCGGCCUGUUAAAAACUACACAUCGACUACAAAUGUACAUCUCCAAAUGUUGUUCUAUGGUAUCCUAGAUGUGAAAGAGAUUGACCAGGCUUUCGUUCCUUACGUUUGGAUUUUUAUGAGCUGGGAAAAUGAACACAUUUCGUGGCAUCCAAGGGACUUUUGUGGACUUGACCGUGUAAUAGUUCCUACUUAUGUAUUGUGGAAGCCAGAUCUAGCUAUUGAAGAGAUAUUGCAUCAUACUGUAGAUUAUGCAGAUUUAUGUUUUAUGGUAUUAUUGACAAUAAGCUAUGUGAAAUUCCAUUUGAAGCAUAAAGCUUUUGCCAUAAUGUGUGUGUGUUUGUUCUCAUACAGGACAGAAAUGGAUAAGGCCCCUCCAAGUCCUUAUCUCUACAUUUCAUUUUCGGGUCGGGUCAGCAUUGUAAAUGAUAUGAUGCUGGCCAGCACCUGCAAGAUGCACAUUUACAAAUUCCCCUUCGACAUUCAGAGCUGUGACCUCUCUUUCAAGUCUGCCAUAUACCCUGGACUCACCAACAAAACUGUCGACAAUUUUGGCUUCAAACAAAGCGUGAUUGUUUACACUGUCACAAUGAAGAGACGGUCUGUCUUCUACAUUGUCAACUUCUUGCUGCCCAUCCUGUUCUUCUUGUGUCUGGACUUGGCCUCCUUCCUGAUCUCAGACAGGGGGGGCGAGAAGCUCAGCUUCAAGGUCACUGUGCUGCUCGCUGUCACUGUGAUGCAGCUUAUUCUGAAUGAGAUUCUGCCUUCCUCUUCAGACAAGAUUCCACUUAUAGUGGCGUACUGUAUUGGGAUUUUUGGUUUGAUGAUGCUCAGCCUCCUGGAGACGAUUUUGGUGAUGUACCUGAUGGAGAAAGACUUGGCAUCCCAAGACAACGAGGCAGAUAAAGACCAAAGCCUGAGUGAGGACUGUAACAAACAGGGCAAAGUCAACUUCCAUAAAUGUUUUAGAGAUGAGAAGAAAUGGACUCACUGCGUGUCUGUCUGUGAUGGUUCUGCUGAUGAAACUCCAUCUGAACUGCUGUCGUCAGCCAUAGAGGGUAGCAGCAGCAAACUGACGGAGUCCCAUGCCUUGGAGAAGGUCUCCGAUGACCUGAGGGAGGUGGAGAAGACACUGACUGCACUCCUCAACAGUAGGAAGGAAGAAUGGAAGCCCGGCUACUGGACCAAAGUGGCUAAAAGAAUUAACAAAGUUUUCUCCAUUAUCUAUGUCACAGGGGUUAGUCUGUUUUUAGUUUUUAUCUUUUUAACAUGGAACUAUACAGCAGACAAGUAG